GAGGGGGAGGGGUGUCAGAGAGACCUUCGGCGUCAUGUGACGGCGAUCAUCUCGUCACCUUGGAGGAAGUCGAUGCUGCCCAACACUUUGCGCUCCUCCCGGAAGUCGGCGCUGAAGUGAUCCAUGUUCUCGUAGCCUCGCUCUACUUUGUCCAGAUCCUGUUUCCAGGGGAAAGAACCUAGUUCCUGACUCAAGAGACUACCUAGUUCCAGGCUAAAGUUCUCAGUCCUAACUAUUCAAUGUCUUGGGUUCCUAGUUCUGAGCCAUACUUACUGUUUGAGGAGAGGUUUUGUGUUCUGGAGGAGGGAAACAAAAACACGGUUAGCCUCCAGCGAAAACACAUCCCGGCGACCGUUUCGCGGUCGGACCUGCAGGAAGACGGCCAUCUCUUGCUCCUCCAUGAUCUCCAAGCCCUUCUCCACGAUCUUGCAGCUCUCCUCCAGGAUGGUGUACAGCGAGUCGAACUUCUCGCACACCAGGUUCUUCUGGCGUCGGCUGUUCUCCUUCACGCGACGUCAUGUGAGGGAACGAUCAGACCAUUGUUGGUUUUUGGCUCAUGUAUGCUAUCAGCUGCCGGUGUUGCCUCUGGACAGGCCGGUUCCCAAGCACGUCCUGAGCCGCAGGGGAGCCAUCAGUUUCAGCUCCAGCUCCUCGCUCUUUGGGGCCCCAGAUCCCAGACAGCUUUCGCAGAGGCGCGGGGCCAUCUCCUACGACAGCUCGGACCAGACGGCGCUAUACAUUCGUAUGCUAGGAGAUGUGAGAGUGAGAAGUCAGGUCGGAUUUGAACCGGAACGGCGAAGCUCUCAUCCGUAUCUGUGCAUCGACUUCCGAAACCUCCACACACGCCUGGGCAGCAAGUCGGAGGCGGCCGUGGACUUGGCCCCCGAGAGAAGGGUGCGGCGGCUGCUCAGCCUCCAGAGGUACCUGCACUCGUCCCGCCUACUGCGAGGGGCCGCCCCGCACCUCCCGCUCCCCAUCCUCGACGAGGACUACACUGGACAGGCCCGCUGCAUGCUGGAAAAAGUGGGCAACUGGAAUUUUGACAUUUUCCUCUUCGACAGGUUGACCAACGGAAACAGCCUGAUCACCCUGACGUUCCACCUCCUGGACCAGUACGGCCUGGUGGAGCUGUUCCGUCUGGACGUGGUCCGACUGUGGCGCUUCCUGGUGCUGGUCCAGGAGGACUACCACCCCCACAACCCUUACCACAACGCCGUGCACGCCGCCGACGUCACGCAGGCGAUGUACUGCUACCUGCGGGAGCCGGCGCUAUCCAAGUCUCUGACGUCGUACGACAUCCUGCUGGGCCUGCUGGCCGCCGCCACUCACGACCUGGACCACCCCGGAGUCAACCAGCCCUUCCUCAUCAAGACUGACCACUAUCUGGCUUCACUCUACAAGAAUACCUCAGUUCUGGAAAACCACCACUGGAAGUCUGCCGUGGGUCUCCUGAGAGAGACGGGGCUCUUCGCCCACUUGCCCGCCGAAGACGGCCUGAGCCUGGAGAGGGACCUGGGCUCGUUGAUCCUGGCCACGGACAUCAGCAGGCAGAACGACUACCUGUCCAGGUUCCGCCUGCACUUGGACCAGAGCAACCUGUGCUUGAGUAACGCCAGCCACAGACACUUCGUGCUACAGAUGGCGCUGAAGUGCGCCGACAUCUGCAACCCGUGCAGGCCGUGGGAGCUGAGCAAGCAGUGGAGCGACAAAGUCACGGAGGAGUUCUUCCAGCAAGGUGACAUCGAGAAGAAGCACAAGCUCGAAGUGAGCCCGCUUUGCGACAGAGCCAAGAACACGGUGGGCAACAUUCAGAUCGGCUUCAUGACGUACGUGGCCGAGCCUCUGUUCGCCGAGUGGUCUCGCUUCUCGGACACGCGUCUGUCCCAGACCAUGCUGGGCCACAUGGGGCUCAACAAGGCCAGCUGGGGCAGCCGAGAACAAAACCUGAGCCCAGACCCGCCACUGCCACCGCCGCCGCCGCCGCCGCCACUAGCGCAAACCUCUCCAAAGACGAACCUCAGGGAAGGAGAGUAUCCUGACACCUCAUGACACACACACUGGGGGGAGCGCCUUGAUCCCGCUUACUUUUGAUUUUUUUUUUUUUGGUUUUUUGUUUUUUUUCCCCCCUUCUCGCUCAACCACUGAUUUUAUUUAAUUUAUUUAAUUGGAAUAGUUUUUGAACGUAGAGCAAUACGUAGAUACCUCAUUUGGUGGCUCCUGCUGUAAUUUCCCUUCUCCGUCGUCGACUAUUUUUUUUUUUUUUUUAAUUUAUUUGUCGCUCCAGAAGACUAUUUUGAAGUGCCAUUUGAUGACGAGCGUCGACGCGCGCACAUGCAUCUACUGUACGCGGACGCGUGGCUCACGUUUGUAUCGAUUUCUUCCUCGAGGGGGAAAAAAAAAAAAAAAAAAGUGACAAGCCCAGUCGUUUGCUGCCUCUCGACCAAUCCAGACUGUUUACUUCUUCUUCUUCUCUACUUAAUGCGCGUACACACACACACACACACACAUUAUCGGAAGCACAAAGCUACUGAAGCCAUACACACACACACACACACACACAGCCCCAAAAACUCUCUUUUCUCUCACACACACAUUCAGUUUUCGGGACUCUUCUGCUCGGAGCCUCUCAGGGUUUUGCGACGGAAGAGGAUGAACACAAUUUGCGUCUUUCAAGGGCCACACAAACACACGCAAGCUGUACAAAACGCCUUACGACUAUGCACAAGCGACAAGCUAAGUGACCAAACCCGCCAUGAUGAAGAUAACGAUGAAGGUGACCACAUUCCACAGUGUGACCCCCCCCCCCCCCCACUGUGAAGAUAACAGGUGUUUGUCCUCCCCCCCUCUCUAACACACACUCGCUGUUGAAAAGUGCUGUAAGACUGUUGUUGUUUUUUUUUUUGUUUG